GCGGGAGGGGUCGCGGGGGAGACGAUAAUUUGUUCCGUGGUGAUGAGAACGGUGACUGUUGGCCGUGGAUCCAUUUCACAGGCCUGCCUUCUCUCACUAACAAUCUUCCUCGUCCCCGGGCCAACUCGGGCAGUUUGCUCAUUUAUUGCAACGGUCAAGGCUGGCUCGUGCCAGAGCAGCGCGCGCGCGCACGCACACACGGGGAAACUUUUUUAAAAAAAUGAAAAGCUAGACUCGCUCCUCGCCGCGCGGGCUCUGCGCGAGGGGUCGGAGCUGACUCGCUGCAGCAGGAAAUCCCUCCGGCCGCGACGCCCGGCCCCGACUCGCCGCCCGCGUGGGAUGGUGCAGCGCUGGCCGCCGGGCCCCGAGAGCUGCUGCACGGAAGGCUGGCGACCAUGGCAGCGCGCCCGCCGCUCGCGUCCCCCGCCCGCGCCCUGCUGCUCGCCCUGGCCGCGGUUCUGUUCGCGCCCCGCGCAGCCCGAGGGGUGAGCCUGUGGGACCAGGAAGGAGCCUACGAAGUCGCCAGUGCCUUUCUUCUGAACGGAGACCUUGGCAUCCCGGUCAAGAGCGACGGCGUGAAGGAUCAUCCAGAAGUGUUGAAUGUUCGAAUGCAAUUGGAAAGCAGAGAACUGGUCAUAAAUCUGGAAAGAAAUGAGGGCCUCAUUGCCAGUGGUUUCACGGAGACCCAUUAUCUGCAAGACGGUACUGAUGUCUCCCUCACUCGAAAUUACACGGGUCACUGUUACUACCAUGGACAUGUGCAAGGACACGAUGAUUCCUUGGCCAGCAUCAGUGCCUGUUCUGGUCUCAGGUAAGUGCCAUGACCCCGGCGGCUCUCGU